AUGGCGGCUGCGUUUCGUUCUCUCCACAGCUGUAAUAACAAAUGGUACUACACCCGACAACAGAUCGACAACAACCCCUCUCGGCGAGCUGGACUGGAUCCUGACAAAGAACUGUCCUAUAGACAACAGGCGGCGAACCUUCUCCAGGACAUGGGACAGCGGCUCAAUGUAUCCCAACUUACAAUUAAUACAGCCAUUGUGUACAUGCAUCGAUUCUACAUGGUCCAGUCUUUCACCAGAUUUCAUAGAAAUGUUAUUGCUCCUGCAGCACUUUUUCUUGCUGCAAAGGUUGAAGAGCAGCCCCGGAAACUGGAGCAUGUUAUCAGGGCCCAUGCAUGCCUCAAUCCUCAGGACCCUUCACCAGAUGUACGCAGUGAUGCCUACCUGCAACAAGCCCAAGACCUGGUCAUUCUUGAGAGCAUUAUACUCCAGACCUUGGCUUUCGAAAUCACCAUUGACCACCCACAUACUCAUGUUGUCAAGUGCACUCAGCUUGUAAGAGCAAGCAAAGAUCUGGCCCAGACAUCAUAUUUUAUGGCCACAAGCAGUUUGCACUUGACCACAUUCUGCCUGCAAUAUAGUCCACCUGUUGUAGCCUGUGUGUGCAUCCAUCUCGCCUGCAAAUGGUCCAACUGGGAGAUACCUGUGUCUACAGAUGGCAAACACUGGUGGGAAUAUGUUGAUACCACAGUCACUCUUGAGCUGCUGGAUGGCUCACCCAUGAGUUCCUUGCAGAUUCUAGAGAAAACACCUAGCCGCUUGAAGCGGAUUCGCAACUGGAAGGCUGGAGGUCAGACACCAAAAGUAAAGCCAAAAGUCCAGGAAGAGGGGGACCAAGAUACAAUGAUGAGCAUGAUCUCUAUGGCAUCAUCGGAGAGUACAGUGGCAGGCCUAAUGAGCCUUUCAGCACCACCUUCUUCCUCUUCCUCCUCAUCAGUAGGUGAAAAGGAGAGGCCUGCAGCUGGUAGUGCUCCAUCUUGGAGUGGGAAAAGUCAAGGAGGUCCUGAGCAGCAACAGCCACCCAACCAUGAGGUCCAUGCUCCAGCUAAAGUGUCACUGAGUGAGUACCGUGCUAAGAAUGCUGACGUCUUGGCUGCCCAGAAGAGGAAGCUGGAGAACAUGGAGGCCAGCGUGAAAAGGGAGUACGCCAAUGCUGCUCAGGCUCUCAUUGGUCAACAGCAUAAGAAGGAGAAGCAGCAGCAUCAUCACCAGCAGUCUGGCUCCCACUCUAGCUCGUCCUCUUCUGACAUGUCCAACCCCUCACCCAUUAUUCUAAAAAUCCCACUGGAGAAGGAGAGGCAUGAUCGCUCCCUGAAAAUGCGUUUCCCUCUGCCUGGUGGUGGAGGCAGCAGCCACAGCAGCAGUAGCAGCACCAGAGGUCAGGAUCAGGACAUUAAAGUCAGAAUACGAGUGCCUGAGAAACAGCGGGGGAGUUCAGAGGAUGGCAAAAGCAGGGACAAGCACAGGGAACGGUCUAAUCAUCACCACCAUCAUCACCAUCACCACCACCAUUCUUCCUCUAGUGGUGCCUCUCUUUCCUCUUCCUCCUCCUCACAUAAACAUUCAUCUAGUUCAAGCGGAGCAUUGGGAAGCAGCAAAAAGGUCCCAAACGACUCCUCUAGAAUGAGUUCUUCAUCCUCCUCUGCUUCACGAAAGAGGACACACUCCCAAGAUCCCACAGCAGGAUCUCACCCUGCCUAAAGGAGCAAGUCCUCGAGGAAUCCCUACCAGCUGCCGUCCCUGUCUUCCUCCUCUGGACAAUCCCUGGGCCAUGGCCCUGACAUUCUCCCUGCCCUGGGAAUUCCCCACCAUCAAGGGAGCUACUCGCACUCCAAAGGUGACAAGACGGACACUAACGGGCACGGUGCAGCUGGUGGCACCCAGUCGAAUGAGUAUCAGGACACUUUUGAAAUGCUUAACUCACUGCUGAGCGCACAGGGGGUCCAGCCAUCCCAGCCGUCCAUGUUUGACUAUAGAUCUCAAUAUGGUGAAUACCGGUACGGUGGUGGCUCCAGGGGGAACAACCCCAGACCCCCACCCCUGCCUUCGGAACCACCUCCCCCACUGCCGCCAUUACCCAAAUGAGUUCCUCAUCAGGAGAGUAUAAUGACAUUGUACUUGACAUCAUAAACAUCUUUCAUGUUAUAUUAAGUAUUGUGUAAGGAUUUUAACUCUACAGAUUUUGCGGGCUCAGUGUGACAGCAGAGAAAUGUACAGGUGAGAUAAAUGAUCCUGGUCCUUAUUGGUGGUUCACUCAUGAAGCAAAAGGUAGAAGUGUAAACAGCUUGCACAAUGUGAGAAAAGAUUUCCAGGAAAGUGUAGAUAAUAUUUUUUUUAAUUUGCACUGCUUAACUGAAAUGAAAUGUGAUGAUGGGACCUGGGAUUUUCACUGUCGCUGUUUGGAGGAAACGUCUUGAAAACUAAGGAAAAAAUAUUUCCAUUACAUGCUUGUUAGAUCUUCUUACCGAUUGUCUUUUUUAUAAUGUUUUAUAGUAUAUUAUUUAUUAAUGAAUGCUUUUAAGAAAACUAGGUCCCCUCCUUUUCCCUCUAUGUUAUGUCCUCUUGUGGGGCAGAGGGAUAUUUCUACAUUACGACUGUACAGGCUAGUUUGAGAGGCAUGUCUCCAUAGCCAUUUUUUAUAUAUUUUUGUCCUUUUUUUCUUUUUUGCUCCAACAGCUAUAACCUCAAAAAGAAAAAAAUACAGUGAAUGCCCAAGCCUAGGGUCUUUAUUUCUUGCAUUAUUUGGCAAACAUGUACAAAGAUUUUAAAAACAAACAUGAAAUAUUUUUACAUUUUGUUAUGAAACUUGCAAAAAAAAAUGGUGUAAAUUAAGGAAGCUUGUACUUUUCGUUUUUAGAUUUGAGUGUUGCAGUCAUUGUUUAAAUGGUUGUAAAAUAUUAUGUCAAUUCUCUAAUAUUUACACUAAUGGACAAGUUCAUACCGAGGUUGUAUGUCUAAGGUUAUGGAGUUGAAACAUAUCCACCGUUUAUGGUAAUACUGAAGGAUUUGUCAGCAGGAAUAAUGCCUCUAGAGUAGAAGUGGUUGGUUUCUUUCCCCAUCACUUGUUUUCUCAGGAGGAUGGGUCUUUUUAGGGCGAUCACAGCUAUAUGCAUGGAAGUCUUAUGGAUACUGAAGAAAAAACAAAAAAAACAGUAGCGUUGGCAUCAGGAGUACCCACUGAAAUGAUUUCAUGCUGGUGCUGAGAUGUUGGUGUCCAUGUCUAGCACCAUAUGUUUAUGUAUUCACAAUCCACAUUAUCCAAGACCAAUCAUAGGCCUUUGUUGUUUUUCAUUUAUGUACUUCCUUUGUGUAAAACCCUGGUGUACACCUGUUACUUUAUACAGGAGGGAAUUCAUCAUGUAAAAGCUGUGUUUUAAUCUGUGUGCGUUGUACCUUCAAACUAAUACGAUGGAUGUUCAGCUUCAGAUUGUUUAUUUACAAUCCAUCCACACGCUAUGACCCAUCAGAAUGUGUGCAUGUGUUGUUAUUUUUGUGAAUCCUACGCAACCAAGCGGUUAUCCACAUACCUCCUUUACAGGGUCAUGCGCAUUAAGAUUAAUACUGUGUCUUAAUUGAUUUUAAUUCUGUAUUAGAGCAAAACAUUGGGGAAGGUGCUAUUUGUUGGCAGGAGAAUUGGGUAUCAUCUGUACAUUUGAUUCAUUUUCAGCUUUAUAUGGGUUGAUUGUAUAGUAUUACUGCUACUUUCUGCUUUUUAUCAGUUUUGUAAUCAAUAACAUGUUUGUUUUAGGGCCUUCACAGUAAUGCAGUACAACAAAAUCAGCCAUAUAAUUGUACAAUAUUUUGUUCCUCAAUAUAUUAUCAAUAUGCUAAAGAGUACAGCUCAGGCAGAGAUUUAAAGAAUAUUAGUUACUCAAAUCUUGGUUGUAACAGGGAAUCGGUAAAUGCACUGAAUAUUUGUCAGUAGGAUUGCCUACAAUGCAAAUGACAAAGUGUUACAUGUAUAAUGGUUAGACUAAUAGAUUAGAACUCCAAUAUAUCAUGCCAUUUUUUUGGAAAUUGUUUUAUUUGAUCUAGGACAAAUCUUCCAGUUUAAGUAUUAACUUUAUGCUGUGAGACACAUUUCAAAAUAAACCCAUAUGUGAGAAAAUGACACUCAUGCAACCUAACAAUGCAAAGACACAUGGCUACAGUUCUGUCAAAGUUGAUGUUUUCACGUCUUGGUGUUUAAAGUGACACUCAGGUCUGGAAAUAACGUUUUGGGAUUUUUUUUUUUUUUUCAGUCAAAAGGUAUAUGUGAACACUGUUCUUUUGAUAUAAUGUGGUUGCUUUAUUCCGAAUCAAAGUCAAUAAAUAUUUUAAGAAAAUA